CAUCUAGCGCUUUCUCUCUCUCCGCGACCCGAAGGCCGCAGCUCCCGUCUCCAGCCAGCGCUAGGGUUUCGGUUCCCCGCACCGAUCUUCCGCGAGGGAGGGCACGAGCUGGUGUUUCUGGUUCUGACCUGACCUGGGAGAUGCCGCCCAAGUCGGCCAGGAGGGGCGGCGCCGCGGCGGCCAGGAAGGGGCCGGCGGCGAGGGGCAGGGCGGCCAAGGCGCAGCCGGCCGCGGAGGAGGCCGCGCCGGCCGUGGAGGAGGUCAAGGCCGCCGCGCCAGCCGCGGAGGAGGCCCCCAAGGUCGAGGAGCAGAAGCGGCAGCCGUCGCCGCCUCCGCCGCAGCCGCAGCAGCAGCAGCCGGCUGCUGAGGAGAAGGCGAAGCCGGAUGCCGUGGAGAACGGCGCAGCUCAUGAUGACGCAACCGUGAAAGAAACAUAUGAAGAAGAGGACAAAGGCGAGCGGCUGGAGUUUGAGGAUGAGCAAGAAUAUGAAGAGGAGGCUGUUGUAGACUAUGAUGAGAAGGAUUCAGAGCAGUACGAGGAGCAGUAUGAAGACGGCGAUGAAGGGCUGGAGUACACCGAAGACGUGGUUGAAGAGGAGACAGAUAUGGUGGAGGAGGAAUUGGAUGAUGGCGGGGAUGAUGGGGAGGGCGAGGAAUAUGAGAAUGCCGACGAGGAACAAAAUGUGGACGUGGAGGAUGACGACCAUCAUGAAAUGGUGAAAGCACAUCGUAAGCGCAAGGAGUUUGAAGUGUUUGUCGGUGGGCUAGAUAAAGAUGCAACAGAGAGCGACCUCAGGAAAGUUUUUAGUGAAGUUGGUGAAAUCACUGAAGUUCGUCUGAUGAUGAACCCUGUUACGAAGAAGAACAAAGGCUUUGCGUUCCUGCGAUUUGCUACUGUGGACCAAGCAAAGCGUGCUGUCUCAGAUCUCAAGAACCCGCUGGUACGAGGUAAACAAUGUGGUGUUGCUCCUAGUCAUGACAAUGAUACACUUUUUGUGGGCAAUAUCUGCAAAACAUGGACAAAAGAACAUUUGAAGGAUAAACUGAAGACCUAUGAGGUUGAGAAUUUUGACGACUUAAUAUUGGCUGAGGAUAGCAAUAACCCAGGGAUGAAUCGUGGGUACGCUUUACUUGAGUUUUCUACUCGCCCUGAAGCUAUGGAUGCUUUCAGGCGAUUGCAGAAGAGGGAUGUAGUCUUUGGAGUUGAUCGCAGUGCAAAGGUUUCCUUUGCCGAUUCCUACCCUGAAGUUGAUGAUGAAAUGAUGUCACAGGUCAGAGCUGUAUUUCUUGAUGGUCUUCCCCCCUCAUGGGAUGAAGAUCGUGUUAAGAAGUACCUUAAAAAGUAUGGAGCUAUUGAGAAAGUUGAACUUGCCCGAAACAUGCCUGCAGCCAAAAGGAAAGAUUUUGGGUUUGUUACUUUUGAUACGCACAAUAAUGCUGUUGCAUGCGUUGAUGGGAUAACUAAUUCUGAGAUUGGUGAAGGUGAUAACAAGGCAAAAGUGAGAGCCAGAUUGUCAAGGCCAAUGCAGAGACCUACUAGGAUGAAGCAUGGAUUAAGAGGAAAUUUCAGGAUUGGGCAGAGUGCUCCUCGUGGUGGCCGUUUUCCAUACACUCGCCCUCCUCCACGCCGGCCUCUGCCACGUCUUGUACGACCUGAUGUUAGUCGCUUACCUCCCAUCAGGAGCCGUCCACUGAAGAGGCCAGUAGAUAUCAGAGAUAGACGCCCUGUUAUGUCAAUUCCAGAGAGAGUGAGGCGCUUGCCUCCUCCAGAGAGAUCCUAUGAUAGAAGGCCCCCAGCUCCUGUUUACCCAAAGAGAAGUCCAAGGAGAGAAUAUGGAAGGCGUGAUGAUCUUCCUCCGCCAAGAAGCAGAGCUACCUUUGCUGACUACGCUCCAAGAGUUCCAGUAGAUAGGCGCCACUCAUACAGGGACGACUAUUCAUCCCGUGGAUCAGCUUAUUCAGACCUAGGUCCUCGUAGCGCUCCCCGUCUUUCCGACCGGCGAGCAUAUGCUGAUGACGAUUAUGUAGAGAAGAUUGAUCGGCCUUUGCCACCCUAUAGGGAGGGGCGUGGCCGUGAUUAUGAUACUAUUUCUGGUUCAAAACGCUCAUACGCUGAGAUGGAUGAUGUGCCUCCUCGGUAUCAUGACAUUAGUGUUCGCUCGUCCAAGGCACGCUUAGACUAUGAUGUUGGUGGCAGCAGUGCUCGGUAUGCAGAUGCAUAUACUGAGAGGCUUGGGCGCUCACAUGCGGGAUACAGUAGCAGCAGACCUGUUGCUGGUCAUGACACAGUGUAUAGCAGCAGCCGCCAUGGCAUGAGUUAUGGAGGUUCUGCAAACACUGGUGAUGCUGGUGGAAUGUACUCGUCAACUUAUAGUGCUGACUACAUGCCUCGUGGAUCUGAUGUUGGCGGGAGUUCAUAUUCGUCGCAUUACUCUGGUCGUAAUGCAGGUAGCGGCAGUGGCUACUUCGGUAGCAGUGGUUCUAGUUCGUAUUACUAGAUUUAGCACCAUAGGAGGUUGGUGCAGACCCUGGAUUGUAUGGAGCUCCUUAACUUAAGGCCUACGGAUCCGGACAAGUGGCAAGUGUGGGCAAUCAAAUAAGGCAUGCCUGAAGGAGCCAGAAACAUCGAGUUGGUUGAAGCAGUAAUCCUGUGGAUGUUCUGGCAUGUUUAUUUAAUGUAAGGCUUUGCGUUAGUUGGUCAAGAGUUGUGAACAAAUAGCCAGCUGUGGUGUGUUUACUUCCAGUGUUUCUAUAACAUUGUUGAGAGAUAUGGAUUGUUUGAAUAAGUAGUCUUUUUGAGGUUGUUUCCUACAA